GCAGGUCAGAUUCUGAGACACAUCAUGAGCAGUUUCGAAGAUGCUGAUACGGAAGAGACCGUGACUUGUCUCCAGAUAACUGUUUACCAUCCUGGCCAGCUGCAAAGUGGAAUAUUCCAAUCAAUAAGGUUUUAUAACCGAGAAAAACUUUGCUCCAGCGAAGUGGUGAAAUUUGGCCGAAAUUCCAACAUCUGUCAUUAUACCUUUCAGGAUAAACAGGUUUCCCGAGUUCAGUUUUCUCUGCAGCUGUUUAAAAAGUUUGAUAGUUCAGUUCUCUUUUUUGAAAUAAAAAAUAUGAGUAAGAAGACCAGUCUGCUUGUGGACAACAAGGAGCUGGGCUACCUAAAUAAAAUAGACCUGCCUUAUAAGUGCAUGGUCAGAUUUGGUGAGUAUCAGUUCCUGAUAGAGAAGGAAGAUGGAGAGUCCUUAGAAUUUUUUGAGACUCAAUUUAUUUUUUCUCCAAGAUCACUCUUACAAGAAAACAACUGGCCACUACAGAAGCCCAUACCUGAGGAUGGCAGUUACUCAUCCUGUUCCACCCAAAACACUUCUCCUACAGAAAUGGAUGAAAAUGAACUGUGAACACAGAGGGGCUAAGAGGAGAGUCAUGAAGGAUGAAGAAAUCUGUAGACAUUUUAUGGAUACUUCAGUUUAUUGGUGUAUUACUGUCAUCUGUUGUCAAAUUUGGGAUCUCUUAUUAUCAUUUUGAAGUCUUUAAAUUGUAUUAGUCAUCAAUUUAGUCAUCUGUUGCAUUCCUAGAUGUAUUUAGGAAUUAUUAAGUGUAUUAUUAAGAAUUAAGUGUAUUUAAGUGUACAUCUGUGAGGGUUAAUGUACAAGAAGUACCCGUGGUGAUGAAGGAAUAGUGUUCUCAAUAAGGAUAUAUUAUUUUCUUCUUAGGCUUGCUUUUAGUCCUAUGUUUUGUUUUGUAAGGAACCAUCUCUUGGUUUGGUCAUAUUUCACAAGCAGCCAUUUGUUUUCAAGGUCAAGGUUAUGAGCAGCUUGUUACUGGUGGUGUAGCCUGUUGGUACUUGCAGUACUAGAGUACUAACAUAAUGUGUUUUGGAAUAGUGCCAAUGCAUCAUUGUGGUUU